CUCUAUUCAUCUACUUAUACCAGCACUAGUGUACACUUCACUAGAUACCAAAUCUCAGUCACACAAACCCUAUAUAUCCCAUCAUGACCACAACAACCAUAACAACCGCCCCAGAGGAACCAUGCACCCUCAUCCCAAUCAACCUCCACAACCCUACCGAAUUCGCCGAACUAAAGCAACAACGCCGAAAAUGCGGCUGGGACUACGACGACGCCAACCUCAUCGCCUGGCGAGACAAACAAGACACGAACCUGAAAUCCUUCUUCUGGGUCACCGUCCCCUCACAAUCCACUGAUGCCGACGCGCCUCACCGCAUCCGCGCCGGUCACAUCUCUCUCGACUCCUACGCCGAUCCCCCCGACCCCGAACUCGCCACAGCCGAUCGCGCAAAUCUCACCAUCCAGACCUUCUUCGUCGACCCCGCACACCGGGGUGGCCUCGGCCGCAAAGCAAUGGAUAUUGUCGAAGCGAUGGCGAGCGAGGAACCGUAUGGUAGUCCGGAGUGUAAAUAUCUCACGCUGACCGCCCUCAGUAGGCGGUAUUUCUACGAGCAGAAUCCUUUCUGGGAUAAAUUGGACCGAGUCCGGCCUUCUGUUUGUGCGGUCGAGUGGUAUGAGAGACGGGGGUAUGUGUAUUGGAAGUCCGAGCCAAGAUAUCACGAACCCUUGUUGGAAGGGGAGGAUGCAAUCAUCUGGGUGGAUUUUUUGAGAAAGCCCGUGCGGGGGUAGUUAGAAGUGGUUACGGAGUAAUGUGAUUGACUUUUCAUCAGCCUGGUGAUGUUUGAGUGUGGUAAGGGUUUUGUUGAUGAAUUUCCUGGAAAGGGGGGGCUGUAUAUAUGGAGUUUGAAGUUGUACAUAUCUUUUUUUCCCUGCUACUCCGUAUGUAUACACGCAUAUGGCAUAUGCUGGGUUAGAUACAAUGAGCAACGCGUCCAUGAACCA